GGAAUCUUUAAAUAACAAAGACAAGAAAGAAGCGUGAGGAGGUGCGGCUGCACGCUGCAAAUAAGAAAGAGGGUGGCGCGAAGUUUGAGGAUGGUCCUGGAGCAAAACUUGGGUGUGAAACGUUCAUCUUUUGAAAGGGUGCAAGGAGACCCAGAUUCAGAUACGGUUGUUUGCUAAUAUUACCCUAUAGCGAGAGUUCAUAGAGUUAUAGAAGAAAACAGACUCUAAGUAUUGCAAAUGACAACUUAUAUACCUGCUGGAACCGGCAGCUUGCACUAUAGUGCAACACUAGGCCAGGGACAAGGUUGCAGAAAAACUUCUUGGGUUUCUGGUGUAACGUACAAGAGAAGCAUACAGAAAGAACUUUCAUGGUCACGUGGAGUAUCUAAGUUCUUGCAGAUUCAAAGAUGUAAUUUUUCCCAAUCUACAUUUAGUGAGCAUUGGAAGCCCCUUAGAACUGUCACUUUAUCGUGUUUGAAAGAUGGUUCCACAAGGUAUUUUGAUUUUGCUGUCAUUGGCAGUGGAGUUGCAGGCCUUCGCUAUGCUCUUGAAGUUGCAAAGCAUGGAUCUGUCGCUGUGAUUACCAAGGCUGAGCCUCAUGAGAGCAACACAAACUAUGCUCAGGGUGGUGUUAGUGCUGUGUUGUGCCCUUCAGAUUCUGUGGAGAGUCACAUGCACGACACCAUUGUAGCAGGGGCUUAUCUAUGUGACGAGGAGACUGUCAGGGUUGUCUGUACAGAAGGACCUGACAGAAUCAGAGAAUUGAUUGCUAUGGGUGCCUCAUUUGAUCAUGGGGAAGAUGGAAACUUGCAUCUAGCAAGGGAGGGGGGGCACUCACAUCACAGAAUUGUUCAUGCUGCUGAUAUGACUGGAAGGGAGAUAGAGCGGGCUCUAUUGGAGGCAGUUGUUCAUGAUCCAAAUAUUUCUGUGUUCAAACACCAUUUUGCGAUAGAUUUGUUAACUUCUCAGGAUGGUUCUGACACAAUAUGUCUGGGUCUUGACACAUUGAAUACUGAAACACUAGAGGUGACAAGGUUUAUUUCAAAGGUGACUUUACUUGCAUCAGGUGGGGCUGGACAUAUCUAUCCAACAACUACAAAUCCUCUGGUUGCCACAGGAGAUGGAAUGGCCAUGGCCCAUCGGGCUCAAGCUGUGAUUUCAAAUAUGGAAUUUGUGCAGUUCCACCCAACUGCCUUAGCUGACGAAGGCCUUCCCAUCAAGCCAGCCGACACUCGAGAUAAUGCAUUUCUUAUUACUGAAGCUGUUAGGGGUGACGGAGGCAUCCUGUACAAUUUAGGCAUGGAAAGGUUCAUGCCCUUGUAUGAUGAGAGAGCAGAGCUUGCUCCCAGGGAUGUGGUGGCAAGAAGUAUAGAUGACCAGCUUAAAAAGCGUAAUGAGAAGUAUGUGCUCCUUGAUAUUAGUCACAAGCCCAGGGAAAAAAUUCUCUCCCACUUCCCCAACAUUGCUGCUGAGUGCCUACAGUAUGGUCUGGACAUUACCCGUCAGCCGAUUCCAGUGGUUCCCGCUGCUCAUUACAUGUGUGGGGGUGUGCGUGCCGGGCUGCAGGGGGAGACAAAUGUUCAGGGCUUGUAUGUGGCUGGAGAGGUUGCAUGCACUGGUUUGCAUGGAGCAAACCGACUUGCUAGUAACUCAUUACUUGAAGCACUGGUUUUUGCCAGAAGAGCUGUCCAGCCCUCAAUUGAUCACAUGGAGAGCUCUAAACAUGAUCUAAGUACUUCAAAUUGGUGGGGUAGACCAGUUGUUCCUUUGUCACUUGGGAAUGAUGCUAUGGAGAAAAUUUUAACAAUGACAAGAAAAGUAAGGAAAGAAUUGCAAUCAAUCAUGUGGGAUUAUGUGGGAAUCGUUCGGUCAACGACAAGGCUGGAAUUUGCAGAGCAAAAGAUUGGUGAGUUGGAGGCUAAAUGGGAGGAGUACUUAUUUCAACAAGGGUGGGAGCCAACAAUGGUGGGGCUUGAGGCUUGUGAAAUGAGGAACCUCUUUUGUUGUGCAGAGCUGGUGAUCAGCAGUGCCCUUGCUAGGCAUGAAAGCCGUGGGCUUCACUACACGGUUGACUUUCCUCAUCUGGAGGAAAGUAAGAGGCUCCCAACAAUUAUUUUCCCUUGUUCAUCAGUCAAGAGUACCUGGAGUUCACGACAACUACACAAGCAGCUCAUGUGUUAAAGAGUGCAACCUUGCUGGCAACAUUUGUAUUUAUAGGUCUUUACCAUUAUAUUUGUAAGUCAACAUUGAGGUUAGGGGGGAAAUGUGUCUUACAGCAUUUGUUAUUUAUUGUUACUGAUUCAUUUUUAACUUUUUUUCAAUAAAAAUUUGUUCUUAGAAUUGUAUCAAAAUGAUAAUGUUAAUCUUCUUGUCCUUUUCCA